UUGUGAUUGGCGGUGUCCGGAGGGGCGGCGUUCGUUCAGUUCACCACAUCGACAAGGCGCCCGAUGUCCAACAGCAAGACGUACCGAUCGUCUAUGUUCGGCACAGAGCCCGCACGGGUUACCCAGGCCAAUGGAGACUACGACGACGACGACAUGGUCAUGUACCCUCGGGACAUUGACGAAUCGUUUCCUGUCCUGGAGGCCCCGAAGAACAGCACAAGGAGCCACCAUCAACACAUCGCCCACACGUUGUCCGUGGAUGACAGUGUCGUGACACUGAAGCCAUCCAUGGUUCACUGCUGGCCGUUGAUCUUUGCAUUGGUGUACCUGGCAGCUGCGUCGUUCGGAGUGUCCAAACUGGUCAAAUAUGGCUGGGUCGACCCAGAAUAUGGGAAUUUUACACUUGCCCAGUACCAAGAGGACGUAGUGAUGGGGGAGAGCUGUCGGGCUGUCGACCACGCAGUGCCGUGGCGAGAGCUCAAGCGCAAACUCAAGCAGUGUCAUCGCCACGAAUACUAUGACCCCCUGCACAACGACUGCAACUUGUGUCCAUCCGCAAAACCCGAAGACAAGAUCUUUGCCGUGUUUUGGGAAACCCAGAGCGACUGCAAGCGGCUCGUAGAAGAUGCGAGCACGCGGUAUGUGACCCACGUCAUUUGGUCGUUUGCCGAGCCGCUCGAAGACGGCACAAUCAAGACGAAGCUCCAAUUCUGGGAUGACGAGCACAUUCGCGACUGCAUUGGGCAGCUUCGCAUGCGAUGCAUCAAGAGCAUGAUUGCUGUCGGCGGGGCGUCGUUCCGCGAGCGAUUCCUGGGUCUGAAAAAACCAGAAAACCUCGCCCGAUUCAAAGCGAGUGCGAUCAAACUCGUCCAAUUCUAUGACUUUGACGGCAUCGACGUCGACGACGAAACUGGUAACAUGGUGGCGACGGGAGGCAACUGGCUUAAAAGCCACGGCCCGACCGUCGUUAGCUACUUGACAGCCCUGCGCGAAGGACUGGACACAGCACAACGACCAGGGGAGCCGCGGUACUUGCUGUCGUGGGAUGAGUUUCCCUACGCGUGGGACCCGCCGAAGCCAGACGAUGCCAACUACAAAGGGUGCAUUCGAUACACGGAGGGCGAAGACGGGUGGCAUCGGUGCUUCGAGCCACGCAUCUCGUCGAUUGUCGACUUUGUGAAUGUGAUGUUUUACAACAUCAAUGGGGGUGAUGGUGUCUACCGUGCCGUCAUCGACGACACGCUGCCAAACAAAGCUGCGGCAGUGAUUCCCCGGGACAAAAUCGUUGUCGGCGCGUGCUGUGGAAUGGGAUGCGUCACUGACCAGCCACCUGGCCAGGAAGUAUUUAACGCAGGCAAUGGGUCAGCGUACUACAAAGGCACCAUGCUGUGGAGUGCAACCAUCGACAUCUUGUUCGAGAAUUCGAGCUCGACGAACCGCAUGGGGCGGGCCGGCAACUACGGCGUCAAGAUGCCGUUUCGGAUGCCACCGUCGUAGUCCGUUUUCUUAAUGCAGAAACGUAGUAGGACCACACCGAGGUGGGAGAAACGUAGCAAGGCGACCUUCCAGACGUGGUCGCGAGCGCGCCGGGACGAUGGACAUUUCACCUGUGUGAAAUACCGCGUUUGCGAGCGACGGCUACAGUACAAUGCUAUCAUGGUGGUUGUUCGACAUUCGAACAAUUGGUUUUGACGCAAUGUCAGCAUCGAAUUGGCAUAUUCGAUACCAUACAAUCAACAAGUUUCACGAAAUUCA